GUUGUACUGAAGACAUCCCUUUCCUGUUUAGCCAUUUUGCACGUGAAGUCACUGUUGGCUUAAAUCAGGUAUUAAUUCACUGAUCAUUUCAUUAACCACCGACUGAUCCAACUCUUUGCCGGUCAGAGAAUCCGACAAAAUGGUUGUCCAACCGCUAUAUAACCCGCAAAUCGUGAAAAAGAGGACCAAACGGUUCCGAAGACAUCAAUGCGAUCGAUACCGAAAACUGAAGCCCAAUUGGCGAAAACCUAAGGGUAUUGACAAUCGAGUUCGGCGUCGCUUCAAGGGUCAGAUCCUUAUGCCGAACAUCGGUUACGGAUCAGCCAAACAGACCCGUCAUAUGCUGCCCAACGGCUUCCGCAAAGUUGUGGUCCGCAACGUAAAGGUAUGUCCGGAUCUACUGAUGCCCUCACUCUUGUGUCUAACUGUUGUGAUCGUUGCG